AGGUGGGGAAGGGGCUGUGUGUUUGGAGAGGAGCAGGAGGCAGUGGGGGUGGCGAGCAAUGGGGAAGGGAAAUGGGUUCCGUGCGCUCUCCGGGGGUAUUGUGUCAGGAGAUGCAGGCUGGCUACCAUGUGACGCGGUCCAGAGCUAAAGGGAUUGGCCAAGGCAGCGCAGGCGGUGCAGCUCGCCGGCUUGCUGUUCCUCUGCCUUUCUCUCUCAGCAUCUUCCUGGGAGACUGUAGGUGAAGCAGCACCAGCAGCAUUCAUGGCCUGUCUUUCGGGUUAACACUUGUCUCCUUUGGCUUGUCAGCAACAGAGCAGACCUCAGCGGCAGCUUUGUGAGGACUUAGCUGGGACCUGGAAGUGUAUCCUCCUGUGUUUUUUCUGACUUCUUGGAAAUUAAGGAAUGCAAUUCUGCCACCAUGAUGGAAGGAUUGAAAAAACGUACAAGGAAGGCCUUUGGAAUACGGAAGAAAGAAAAAGACACUGACUCUACAGGCUCGCCAGAUAGAGAUGGAAUGCAGGGGAAAAAAAAGGCCCAGAAGACUCAGCUUCUCCUCACCUCUUGCUUCUGGCUCAGAGCCCUCUCCUUAACUCUGUCUCAGCAGCCCAGUCCACAUGAGCCACCCUACCAUAGCAAAGCAGAGUGUGCGCGUGAAGGAGGGAAGAAAGCUUCGAAGAAAAGCAAUGGGGCACCAAAUGGAUUUUAUGCAGAAAUUGAUUGGGAAAGAUAUAACUCACCUGAGCUAGAUGAAGAAGGUUACAGCAUCAGACCUGAGGAACCAGGCUCUACCAAAGGAAAGCACUUUUACUCUUCAAGUGAAUCUGAAGAGGAAGAAGAAUCACACAAGAAAUUCAAUAUCAAGAUUAAGCCCUUGCAAUCUAAGGACGUCCUUAAGAACGCAGCGACAGUAGACGAGCUGAAAGCUUCCAUAGGCAACAUCGCACUUUCCCCGUCGCCUGUGAGGAAAAGUCCGAGGCGCAGCCCGGGUGCAAUUAAAAGGAACUUAUCCAGUGAAGAAGUCGCAAGACCCAGGCGUUCCACCCCAACUCCAGAACUUACAAGCAAGAAGCCUCUGGAUGACACUCUGGCCCUUGCUCCCCUCUUCGGUCCACCAUUAGAAUCAGCUUUUGAUGAGCAGAAGACGGAAGUUCUUUUAGAUCAGCCUGAGAUAUGGGGUUCAGGCCAACCAAUUAACCCAAGCAUGGAGUCGCCAAAGCUAGCAAGACCUUUUCCCACUGGAACACCUCCACCUCUGCCUCCAAAAACUGUACCAGCCACCCCACCUCGAACAGGCUCCCCCUUAACAGUUGCAACAGGAAAUGACCAGGCAGCCACAGAGGCCAAAAUUGAGAAACUUCCAUCCAUCAGUGACCUGGACAGCAUUUUUGGGCCAGUGUUGUCCCCCAAGUCUGUUGCUGUUAAUACUGAAGAGAAGUGGGUCCAUUUCUCUGAUGCAUCCCCGGAACAUGUUACUCCAGAGUUGACUCCAAGGGAAAAGGUGGUGACCCCACCAGCCGCAUCAGACAUCCCAGCUGACUCCCCAGCUCCAGGCCCACCUGGCCCCCCAGGCUCUGCAGGUCCCCCAGGGCCUCCUGGUCCUCGUCAUGUACCAUCUCCGCUCAAUUUAGAAGAAGUCCAGAAGAAAGUCGCUGAGCAGACCUUCAUUAAAGAUGAUUACUUAGAAACGCUCUCAUCUCCUAAAGAGUGUGGGUUGGGACAGAGAGCAACUCCACCUCCCCCACCACCACCCACCUACAGGACUGUGGUUUCGUCCCCCGGACCUGGCUCGGGCAGUGGUACGGGGACCACCAGUGGUGCAUCUUCUCCUGCUCGGCCAGCCACCCCCUUAGUUCCUUGCAGCAGCACCACUCCGCCUCCACCUCCUCCCCGGCCUCCAUCCAGGCCAAAGCUACCUCCAGGAAAGCCUGGAGUCGGAGAUGUGUCCAGACCUUUUAGCCCACCCAUACACUCCUCCAGCCCUCCUCCGAUAGCACCCUUAGCCCGGGCUGAAAGCACUUCUUCAAUAUCGUCAACUAAUUCACUGAGCGCAGCCACCACUCCCACAGUUGAGAAUGAACAGCCCUCCCUCGUUUGGUUUGACAGAGGAAAGUUUUAUUUGACUUUUGAAGGUUCCUCCAGGGGGCCCAGUCCUCUGACUAUGGGGGCCCAGGACACCCUCCCGGUUGCAGCAGCUUUCACAGAAACUGUCAACGCCUACUUUAAAGGAGCAGAUCCAAGCAAAUGCAUUGUCAAGAUCACAGGAGAAAUGGUGUUGUCCUUCCCUGCUGGUAUCACCAGACACUUUGCCAACAACCCAUCCCCAGCUGCUCUGACUUUUCGGGUGAUAAAUUCCAGCAGGUUAGAGCAUGUCCUGCCGAACCCCCAACUUCUCUGCUGUGAUAAUACACAAAACGAUGCCAAUACCAAGGAAUUCUGGGUAAACAUGCCAAAUCUGAUGACUCACCUAAAGAAAGUCUCUGAACAAAAACCCCAGGCUACGUACUAUAAUGUGGACAUGCUCAAAUAUCAGGUGUCUGCCCAGGGCAUUCAGUCCACACCUCUGAACUUGGCGGUGAACUGGCGAUGUGAGCCUGCGAGCACUGACCUGCGCAUAGACUAUAAGUACAACACGGAUGCCAUGGCCACCGCAGUGGCCCUUAACAAUGUGCAGUUCCUGGUCCCCAUAGACGGAGGAGUGACCAAGCUUCAGGCUGUGCUUCCUCCAGCAGUCUGGAAUGCUGAACAACAAAGAAUAUUAUGGAAGAUUCCUGAUAUCUCCCAGAAGUCAGAAAAUGGAGGCGUAGGUUCUUUACUGGCGAGAUUUCAGUUAUCAGAAGGCCCAAGCAAACCUUCUCCGUUAGUUGUGCAGUUCACAAGUGAAGGAAGCACUCUCUCUGGCUGUGACAUUGAGCUUGUGGGAGCAGGCUACCGGUUUUCACUCAUUAAGAAGAGGUUUGCUGCAGGAAAAUAUUUGGCAGAUAACUAAUAAACAGUCAUGCAAGGAUUUGGAAGAUCCAUGCCCCGGAGAACUGUUGUUUGAGAGACAUGUUUUAAUCUGGUUUCAUGAAAACAAGCCGAUGUCCGUACUUGGGGUCUGUCAGCUGGAAGGGCCUGGCUUUCAGCAGUGACUUCUUGCACCCCGUACUAUGAUGAUCAGUUCUACAGUAUUUACUUAUAGGUGUAAUAUUUGUUAAUGGUUUUAAAAUGUAAUUAUUGUAUUUGUAAACUGUACCUUCAUUCCAGUAAGGCAGUUAGACACUUGGGUUUUAGCCUUUUCCAUUCCUGAAACAGAUGUAAUUUAAACUGUGGUAUGUAAACUUAACAGCAGUACUGUUGAACGGCACAAUGCUUACAGAGAUACAGUGCAUUUUGUCAAUAUAUAAAAUUUAAAUAUAAUGUUGAUAGUUAUCAUAAAGGGGGUGCCACACAUCAAGAACCUUAAAUGGAACCAGAAACAAAACACCCAACUUCCUUUCCUUCACUCUUUACUAUGUUUCCCUCUAGUGCUAAAGAAAACUUCUAGCUUCGGUUUAGUGGGUUAAAUUCAGAAACUAUUUCAGAAAAAAAACAAUUCUAAAGUUACAGCAUAUUCAAAGAGAAACAUUAAUUACCACUUUUUAAAGAGCUUUUUUUUCAAACUGCAAAUUUCAUAAAAAUGCAAACUGUGUAAACAGGGCCUCUUAUUUUUAUAACUUGUGUAAAAAGGGAAAAGCAAUUCAUAUUUAAAGUUUAAGUAUAUUAAAUUAUAUCCAAGAGUGCAGAGGAUGCUGAAAUCUUUCCUGACCCUAAGCCCCUUCUCUGCAGUUUGGCAAAUGUGGAGAUUGCUAAGUCAUCAGAUUAAAGCCAAUGUGAUUUUUAAAGUUUUGAGACUUUCUGUAGCUGAACUGGUUGAAACUUUUGCACAAUUGCUUUGAACAGAGGGGCCUCCCUCGUCCAGCAUCCAGGGGUGGGUACCUUGUUUCAUCUUUACUCACAAGAAUCAAACCACAGAAACAUGGAGGAAAAAAAAUAUUUCCCUGUUCCAUCCAAAAGGAGAAUUUUAAACUUAUCAUUUACAUCUUUGGGGGAAGGAAGAAAUAAACUUUAUAAAUGAAAUUCUAUUCACCUUGUUAUCCUAUGAAUAUUUUGGGAAGAUUUAAGAUUCAUCGUAUACAACUGUGAAUCUUCACCGUUCUUGGGGAAUUAGAAGCAGAGCCAGGACAGUGGCCUUGAACGUCAGUAAAUGCCACAGUUCUAGGGCGGGGAUGGGGGGGGGGAGAAGUGUCUGCCCCACCAGAGGGGAAUCAGAGCAGUGUCGUGUCAGGCGUAAAGAAUACGUCUUCCAGUACAUCACAAGUUAUUUUAAGCAGAGAACAGUUCCUGUUCGAGGUUCUCCUAUUAAACAACUCCACCUGAGCUGGGGUGUGUAUCGUUUGCUGCUGAAUCUCAUUCUGUAUCCACUCAAAUUUGACAAAGAGACAUCAGCUCCUUUCAAUUUUAGAAUCAAAUUAAAAUUUUCUAAGUCUUACUUCAACAGUGAGAUUGUGGUUGGCAGUCGUUUCUAGUGAGCUCUGUAGAUUUAUCUAUGUUCUCUUCGAUCAAUGCUUACUACCAAAAGGAUAUCCAAGGUGAUCCAUUUUUACCUGCGAACAGUUCAUCUAUUUAAAGUAGGCUCUUGCCUAAUUCCCCAAAGCAGCCUGGCUUUGAAGGUUUUUUGAACAAACUAAUUUGUUUACAAAAAGGUUUGGCUUUGAAACCAAAAUAGAGAAAUAAAAUGUUAAUUUUAAAUCUAAUGGAACAUGUGGAAAUGAAAAAAUUUAGGCCAAUGGAGAGUAAGAAGCAGAAAAAUGAAGCUUAUCUAGAAUGUGAUUAUACAAUGUUUUUAAGUAGUCAAUUCAUGGAAAAAAUAUUGAAUAUUAACACAAAGCAUAUUAAAAAUAUGUAAAUAUUACUGUUUCUCAUGUUCUUCUCUUUAUAUCUUAUUUUUGUGAAGUUUUAGAAUGAAUUGGUCAUUAAAUACACAAUGUUUCUUUCCAAAGAAUAAUUUUGUUGAUAUUGUAAAAACGUAAUUUAAGAAAGAGAUUUAAGUAGUCUCUAACAUUAUUCAAACGUUUCCAGGAACCAAAUUGGAAACUGUUAAGAAAUCUUAUAAUCCCUUAAUUGACUCUUGUGAAAUGAAAUGACAGUUGGUGAUCUCAAAAUUAAGACUUGAAUAUUCAGAGCUUCAUUGGGGAAUGUGUGGUUCCUUCUAGUUGAGAAAGUAGGUCAAAUAACAACAGUUGCUCAUAUCAAAGAUGGAGAUGUUGGUGCUGUUUGGUUUUAAGCUUGUGCGAUUUCACCUCCUGGUAAAGCUCUGUGUGCAGCACUGUGGGAUAAAAAAUUCAUGUUCUGAGACGUGAUCCAAGACUAGGCAGGCCAGGUCUCAAUUAUCAGUGUCAAUCAGGUCAGGUUCCCUUUUGUCCCAACAAAAUGGGUUAGCUCAUAGCCAGAUAGUUGGCAUGACAGUAAGCUAAAUUAAGACAAAAUUCUAAUUAGUCAGAGAGCAAUUUCCUAAACACUCUGACUUUUAAAGCUGAUAGAAAGUGUAAAUGUUUUAUUUUGGUGACAUGGAAAGUAUGCUUUCCUCUUCAAAUAAACCCCAUAUUUUUAUGAAACUUUCCAAAAUAAAUUCUUGUUUAAA